AUGGAGGAACGAGCGCCUCUCAUCGUAUUCAACGCCAUCAGGAAGCCCGAUGGCAUCGCCCACGGCGAGGACGAAUCCAGGAGGUCGAGUUUGGCGACAGCAGUCGAGGAGAUUCCUGAAACACCCUGCAAAGAAUUGCGCCCAGAGCGCAAAGAUCGGUUCGAGGGUGUGAGGACGUGCCUAUGUAAGGUUCGAACCCCGAUACUCGUCGUGGUGUUAUCGAUUUUGGUGGUGUGGGCAACAAAUGUUGUUGGAAUAACGUAUCUGUCUAAUAUCAUUUAUCGGGCUUGUCAGAUGCCCGGCGUGCCUACCAUUGCCUCGCAAUUCCCAAUGGGUUUGUGCAGCUUGGCACCACCGUCAGACCAAACCUUUGCCAAGGUGUUGGAUGCCCAAGUCAAGUACGAAAAGAUAUUCAAGUACAUCGAGAAGCGGGCGACUCUUCCGGACAGGAUGACCGAGACUGCCAAGAGAGUAGACACCAAAGUCGAUCAAUCGAGUUUUGACGAGGAAAGAAGUGAGACGCCUACUAUCUACUCUUUAGAAAGUAAGUUUUUCCAUAGUGCCGAGUUUAGUCACGCCGUGCUGGACCUGGGCUCCUUUCUAAAGCAGGCCAAAGAGACGGCGCAACGGCUCGUGGUUGCAAACCAGGUGGCCAAGGCAUCUCUGCAGGCUCUCAUAUCGAAAAAGACCCGCUGGAAAUUCCUCAACACGGACCCGUUUCGUACUUGGGAAGUCUCGAAGAUUCACGAUGGCCUCACAGAAACCUCGAUGGAGCAGAUAAUUCUGGUCAUUGACCGGGCCGAGGUGGCCAGAAAGAAGAUUGAGGAUCUCGAGGAUGGGAUUCAGACCACCGAGACGAGCACUGUAUACGGCCACUUUCCUGCUCGAGACUUUUCGGUCCAUCUACAAGAAGCGCACGCACUCCUUGAAAUUGUCAGAGACGGCACUGAAAAAAUCAAGAAUGACAUUUCCAAGGCGCAAAAGCACUGUCGUUUCUUCAAAAAGGCAUCGCAUACGGACAAACAGAAGAUGGAACUAGAGUCCAUGAUAACAAUAUGGACCAACCAGUUGGAUCAUAACAUCCGUUUAUUGGGCGAGGCGUUGAAGGGGCCACGAUUUGUGGAAGCCACUGCAUCAUCCAAGACAUUUGGCACCAUUGACCCCUUAUUCACAACGACUCCGUCAUUAACACCAAGUCUUUCUCCAACAAGUUUCGAUACAUAA